CGUACGUAAUUAUUUCGAUUUUUUGUUACCUACAUUUUUAGAAGUAAUCUCUUUUUUAGUGAAUCAGAACAUAAAUUACAAGUGCAAAGUAUUCCAUUCUGGAAAUUAAUAAUACUACUUUUUAUUAACCUGACAAUUAAAACAAGAUUCUAGGAAACAGUAACUCUGAUUGAAGAAACUCGGAAACGCCCCGUUUAAGUAUGUCAGGACACAGAUAUUUAUCUGGAAAUGGCUCUAAUCUAUUUGAAGAUGAAGAUGUCGAUGACGACACAUUCGUCAAUAGCUAUAGAUCAAGAUUGCCUCAGUCGCAACCGAAACCAGCAAUGUCUCCUUACUUAACCGAAUUAGAAAGGCAAAGGCAAACUAUGCUUGAAAAACAAAGAGAAAUCGAACAAAGGACUCUAGAUUCUUCGUCGCGCAGUAUAGGUUUGCUGAGGGAAUCCGAACAAAUCGGUAUCGCGACAGCCGAGGAACUGGCGCGUCAACGUGAACAACUACAAAAUACUAAUAGAAGGCUCGACGAAAUUAAUACUAAUCUAAGUUAUAGUCAGAAACAUUUAAAUGGCAUCAAAUCUGUAUUUUAUGGUUUUAAGAAUUACCUGUCUGGCAAAACAGAUCAGAGCCCCCAAAAGAGCCAAGUGUCACCGAGUUCAGUGAGCCAAGCAGGCACGAGUAGACUGAAUGAUACAUUGGAUAACAUUAAUAAUAUGAAUGAAACAGAUAGAUUCCAGAGCCACCCAUCAACGAGGUUGCGGGGACUCAAUCAAGAAACUGCCACAAAACCUAUGUCAGACACAGAACGAGUUAAUAAAAUGCUGGACGCUAAUUUAGAUGAAAUGGUCAACCACAUAUCCCGACUAAAAGGCCUCGGUGUGGCCCUGGGUGAGGAGAUUGAGGAACAAAACAAUCUUAUUAGUGAAAUUCAUGAUAAAGUUGAUGUUGCUGAUAUAAAAAUUGGACAACAGAACAAGCAAAUGAAUAAACUGUUGGGAAAGUAAUAAUUUACUCCUAAUCUUCAUUACAAAACUUUUUUAGACCAUUCUAUGAAAGGCCUUUUGAGAAUGGCCUACAAAGAAUAUAAAAGGCAAUACCCAAUACUUAAGUUGAUACAGUGAUACUCAUUAUCCAACAUCAUAAUAAUUAUAUAAUUGUCGUUUAGUUUCAAGUAUUAUACUGAAUCCAUACAUACAUCCCAUUUCAAAAU